GUCGUGAAUCUUAUCACACGUGUGUUUCUUCCCUGCGAUUAUUGUUUGAGAGAGAAAGUUUUUGUUCUGGUGAUCGGCUAAUGGCAGCUUCAGCCAUGGAGCUGAGCAAGCGUAGUAUUGUGUCUAGUUAUCGUCAGCUCUUGCUGACAAUUUGUUGGCUGGUGGUGGUGCUUCAAGUUGCUGCUGCAAAGAUGUCAGCUGACGAGGUAAAGAAGCACUUGGAUCUUGGUAAAAAGUUGCUAUCCGAAGGAGAUCUGACUGGUGCACUCACACAUUAUCAUUCAGCAGUAGAGGGAGAUCCAACCAACUACCUUACUUUCUACAAGCGUGCAACAGUAUACUUAGCUAUCGGGCGAUCUAAAUCUGCUCUGCCCGACUUGGACAAAACACUGGAGCUUCGGCCUGACUUUUCGUCCGCUCGCCUUCAGCGUGCCUCUGUUCUCCUGAAGCGCUCCAAGCUUGAUGCAGCCAAUGCUGACUACGAGCAUGUGUUGAAGCAGCAGCCGGACCAUGCGGAGGCGAGAGAGCAGUUAGAUAGCAUUGCUCCCAUUCGCAAUGCUCUUCAGAAUGCCUAUGCGUUCAAGCAGCAGAGGGACUGCAAUGGUGUUGUAGCUGUACUUGAGCCCAUCAUUGAGAAACUUCCAUGGGAUGCUGACAUCCGGGAGAUGCGAGCAGACUGCUACAUGGAAAUGGGCAUGUAUCAUAAAGCCAUAUCCGACAUCAGAGUGACAACGAAGCUUAUCAGUGACAACACGGCUGCCUAUUUCCGCCUCAGUAAAGUCUACUACAGUUUGGGCGACCUAGAGGAUACGCUGAGGGAAGUGCGUGAGUGCUUGAAACUGGACCCGGAUCACAAGGAGUGCUAUCCGUUUUACAAGAAAGUCAAAAAGUUGAAUAAGCAGUUCACCAAGGCAGAGGAGUUGAUUUCUCAAGGACAGUAUGAGGAAGCUAUUGGCAAGCUCGAUUCAGCCAUGAAGACUGAGUCCAGUGAAUACCACUACGAGAUGAGGGUUCUUGGUCGCAAGUGCCACUCCUACUACAAGAUGCAUCGCAUCAGUGAAGCUGUGAAGGUGUGCUCAGACGUGCUUCGCCGUGAUCCCGACAAUGUCAACGCACUCUGUGACCGUGCUGAGACAUACAUUCUGGAUGAGAAGUUCCAGGAUGCCAUCAAUGACUUCCAGGCUGCCACGAAAAUCGAAGGCCACCCUCAGCAGGCUGAUGAAGGUCUUCAGCGAGCACAAAAGCUUCUCAAGCAGUCACAGAAGAGGGACUAUUAUAAAAUCCUAGGCGUGAAAAGAUCCUGCACAAAGGGUGAGGUGAUCAAGGCGUACCGUCGGAAGGCCAUGAAAUGGCAUCCUGAUCACUACAAGGGCAAAGACAAGAAGCUGGCAGAGAAGAUGUUCAUUGACAUCGCUGCUGCCAAGGAAGUGCUCACCAACCCGGAGAAACGUGCAAAGUUCGACCAAGGUGAAGACCCCCUGGACCCAGAGCAGCAGUCGCAGCAGGGAUUCCACGGAAGCCCAUUCGGUGGUGGCUUCCCGUUCGGUGGUGAUGGUGGCGGCGGCCACUUCAAGUUCCACUUUGGCUGAGCAGUGCAAGCUGAGCCAUUGUACAGUGUGUUCUUGUCUGCAAGUAUUGUUGAGCAAUGCUUCUGCCGUUUGUCCGUGACAGACCUCUGGUUGACCCUGUUCUUUCUUCAUCUGUUGAGUUCACCACUGUCAUGCUGGAAUGCACGCAGCUGCGAGUGUCUUGGUGUCUUGCUUGAUCACAACUCAAUUUGCCUAGCUGCAGGAAUGCUCGAUGGAGCGAAGCCUUCGUUCCAGUUUCCUUUGCCGUUGCUGGUGUCGGUCCAGUGCAGACUGCCUACCCUCCACCCAGCCUUGUGUUAGUUCAUGUUCGUCGUUCCUUAGAUGUGCUGAGCCUUAGUUACUGCGCUACCUUGUACAUUUGCUGAUAGAUCUUGUAUGUCUGCCUUAUGCUCAUAUUUGUUGUUGUGUACUGAAUGGAAUUCUGUAGAAAAUUAUCUAUCAUGCUGCUGCUGUUUGCUUGAACUAUUUUGUCUAUGCUUUAUUUUUUUAUUGCUUAUUCCUUCCAGAUACAUAGGAGUUGCUCUUCAAGUGACAUUAAUUUAUUGUCAGGCGACAAGCCUGUUUCGUUCGCUCUCUCGAUUACGAUGCGGUAAAUCACCAGUCUAUCUCUUCGCCUGGUCUGCACUGAGCAAUGUUGAAGGAAUAUCUACGAAACUGUGA